CUUCCCUCCCGCGUGACCCUCCCGGACGGCCCCGCCCACCCUCUUCCUCUCGACUCCAUAUUGAGGCUUGAAGGAGGCAAAAAAAAUUCCUGUCACAAAAUGGAGGUUAAGAGGAGCAACUGAGUCAGAACAUCCUCUCAAAAUGGCGUGUAAAGAGGAGAGAGAGGUUGAAGAUUACAAGAGGAGGGGAAGAAGAUCUUCACAGGGUCACGAUCCCAAGGAACCAGAACAAUUAAGAAAGCUGUUUAUUGGUGGCUUGAGUUUUGAAACUACAGAUGAUAGCUUAAGAGAACACUUUGAAAAAUGGGGGACACUCACAGACUGUGUGGUAAUGAGAGACCCACAGACAAAACGUUCCCGUGGCUUUGGCUUUGUGACCUACUCUUGUGUUGAAGAGGUAGAUGCUGCAAUGGCAGCUCGGCCACACAAGGUUGAUGGCCGUGUGGUGGAACCAAAGAGAGCAGUUUCUAGAGAAGAUUCUGUGAAACCUGGUGCCCAUUUAACAGUGAAGAAAAUAUUUGUUGGAGGAAUUAAAGAAGACACCGAAGAAUAUAAUUUAAGAGAUUAUUUUGAAAAAUAUGGCAAAAUUGAAACUAUAGAAGUAAUGGAAGAUAGACAGAGUGGAAAGAAAAGAGGUUUUGCCUUUGUAACAUUUGAUGAUCAUGAUACAGUUGACAAAAUUGUUGUUCAAAAAUACCACACUAUAAAUGGGCACAACUGUGAAGUGAAGAAAGCUCUCUCCAAGCAAGAAAUGCAGACAGCCACUGCUCAGAGAAACCGUGGGAGCAGCUCAAGCAACUUUGUGGGUCGUGGAAAUUUUGGAGGUAGUAGUGGAAGCUAUGGCAGAGGUGGAGGAUUUGGAAGCAGAGGAGGGUAUGGUGGUGGAAGUGGUGGCGGUGGUGGUAGCAGAGGAAGUUUCGGUAGCGGGGAUGGAUACAACGGCUUUGGUGAUGGUGGAAGCUAUGGAGGUAGUCCUGGAUAUGGUGGGAGCAGAGGAGGUUAUGGUGGCAGCCCAACCUAUGGAAACCCAGGUGGUGGAUAUGGUGGAGGAGGUGGAGGCUAUGAUGGUUACAACGAAGGAGGAAACUUUGGUGGCAACUAUGGUGGCAGUGGAAGCUAUAAUGACUUUGGCAAUUACAGUGGACAGCAAACUUCAAGUUAUGGGCCCAUGAAAGGAGGUGGCAGUUUCAGUGGCCGAAGCUCUGGCAGUCCCUAUGGUGGUGGCUAUGGUUCUGGAGGAGGAGGAGGCGGCGGCGGAGGAAGUGGUGGCUAUGGUGGAAGAAGGUUCUAAAAAUCCUACCAGAAUCAGGGCUACAGUUCUUAGCAGGAGAAAGCGAGGAGUUGUCAGGAAAGCUGCAGGUUACUUUGAGACAGUCGUCCCAAAUGAAUUAGAGGAACUGUAAAAUCUGCCACAGAAGGAGCGAUGAACCAUAGUCAGAAAAAAAUACUGCAGCUUAAACAGGAAACCCUUCUUAAGGACUGUCAUAGCCACAGUUUGCAAAGAGUGCAGCUAUUGAUUUAAUGCAAUGUAGUGUUUAGAUGUACAUUCCUGACUCUCUUUUUUUAAUUUGUUGUUGUAGCUUUGUCUUUUCUUCAUAAAUCAGGUAUAUUGCCCUGUAAAUUUGUGGUAGUGGUACCAAGAAUUAAAAAUAAUUGAGGAACUUUUAAUUUUUUCAAUACUUGUGUAGUUCAGUUUUUUCUUACUGAAACUUCUUUAAAUAAAGAAAUGUAGUUUUAGGGUAUAUUCUUGCUAGGAGGAAAAUCAGUGCAUUAUAAUCUGUAUUAAUUUAAACUAUAGAAAUGCUGAAUCGUUUAAGAACCUUAGUUUUUCUGCAUAUGUAGCCAAAUGAAAUGAGUUGCACACGCAAAGGGAGAGAAGAGAUGUUUGCAUUAAAGCUUGCUUAGCUGUAUAAUUAGGACUGAGUCGUUUAAACUAGUGCUUGUGAAUGGUAAACUUUACUUUAAAAUGAAAAUUCCAGAUACUUCUGGUUUGUGGAUAUCUUAAUUUGUAGCCUUUUGUUUCUUAGUUUAAGUAAAUAAGCAUUGAAAGAUCUUUUAAAGUUUUAUUCAGUUUGCUUCCCAUUUCAUUGAUAUGUGCAGGAGAUCCAUUAAGCACCGGCAGAACAUGUUUCUGCCUUUUUACUAUGCUUGAGAUUCCCCCACCUCCCAUGGUAAACAGAUUUCAGUUCACAGAUAUAAUUGAAUUAAAACUUUGAAGCCAA